AUGGCAAGCGACCCGUUGUCGUAUAAUACUACCAUAGCAUCCUAUGGCCCUGGUACGAUUGGUACGCAGUCACCCAAGAGGUCUGAAUGUCCCAAGCGCUCACAGCUGUUUAGGAUGGAUCAUAUCACUAGGGCGGAGUACAUCACCCACCUGUUCGAUGAUCCCGUGGGAAGCCGACGCUACCUUGAUAGUAACAGGAUUUAUACACAGGCUGUGAUCAUCGCUACUGUACAAGCAUUCUAUGCCUAUCGCCUAUGGAUAAUCACCAAUAAGAACGUGUGGAUCACGAGCGUUGUGUUUACUGUUGCGUGUGUUGGAUUCGUUCUGGGUAUAGCUGACGACAUAUACGACAUAGCGGAUAAUAGCGAUGAUCCUGCUGCCCACACUGCGUUUGUGAUUCUCGUCGCCUCGACUUUCAUGGUGUGCGACGUUCUUAUCUCGAUCUCUGUGUUUUACUUCCUCCGACCCGCACGGACGAGUGUAGCAACGAGCGCGAGGCGUAUAGUGUAUAUUAGCAACGUCACCAUUAACAUGGGUUUCUUAACUACUGCAUUCGCCCUGCUCACCGUCGUCCUCUAUGGAGUGCCGCCUUUGCAGGCAUACGCCGCCAUACCUCUUACGUUUAUCCCAAAAUGUAAUUGUCUGCUUGUUGAUCUCAUGGACUAA